GUCUAUUGUUCAAGAUUGGGGGUUGGCAUUAGACGUCUUCCGAACAGGAUAUAUAUCGGCCCGAGGAUCUUGAAACCCCACGGCAAUUGAAUGACCAUCGUAUGAUUAUCACAUCCCUCGCGCCCUUUCAUCUACAACCAUGAGCGCGUCCAGACCAGGCCGGUCCGCAUUAAAGGCCAAAGUGCCUGUUCCCAGUCCCCAGAGGACCGGCAGUAGAAUUCCGGUUGAUGGUCUGGGCAAGAAGCCGCUACCAAGGCGGGCUAAUCCGCAUCUCACGAACCUCAGAGAGUCCCAGCCUCGCAUGUCGCCUAGAGCAAUGACCAUUCUGGGCGUCGGUGUCCUCGGGAUGAGCACGUACUGUGGUUAUCUGUACGCAUCCUACAGGCGAGAAGUAACCCACAGCCAAUCUAUGGAUGUGCCACGUGAUGUAUCGGAUCGAUACAAUCAGACGGCCAGGACAUUUGACGCAGAUGUCGAGAUGUCUGAGAAGCUGAUGCGGAUGGGCAAGAAGCGGCGAGAUCUUGUCCGGCAGGCCCGUGGCGACGUGCUCGAGGUGAGCUGUGGCACGGGCCGAAACUUGGAGUAUUACGAGCUUGGGCAGCGGAGGCGACCCGAUGAGAAAGGGCUCGUAGAGCUUCAGGGAUGUCGCUCGGUUACGUUCGUUGAUCUUAGCCCGCAGAUGGUAGAGAUCGCGCGAGAGAAGUUCCUGAAGUUGCACCCUGGGUUCAAGGAAGCUAGCUUCCAGGCUCAGGAUGCGAAGGAUGUGGCUCCUUCGGUGCCUGGGGAGAAGCGGGCUUAUUUUGAUACGGUCGUGCAGACCAUGGGCUUGUGUUCGAUGCCAGACCCCGUGGGCACGCUUCGCCAUCUCGGGUCUAUCACUGAGCCGGAAAAGGGCCGGAUUCUGCUUCUAGAGCACGGUCGGUCGUACUAUGACUGGUUGAAUAGCAUCCUUGAUAAUCUCGCUCCGGCCCAUGCGGACCGCCAUGGGUGUUGGUGGAACCGAGAUAUCGGGGAGGUUGUCCGGCAGAGUGGACUGGAGGUUAUUGAGGAGAAACGAUGGCAUUUUGGGACUACGUGGAAAUACGUGCUGAAACCGGCAACACGGUGAUCAGCUUUUGAUAUUGUAUAUUAAUGACAGAAUACCAUUUUGUAAAAUCAUA